UGAUCACGUGACACGAGCUAAAGCAGGAAGUACCGUACCGUCACUGGCUAGCUAAACAACAGUCGUGAAAAAUUGUGACAGAGCGAGAAGAAACAAUGGUUCUCGGACAAACUCUGUUCAAUUACAAGUAAAAAAAAACUCUGUCUCCGAACCUUUUAAAGAUGGACCGCGUUGUCGCAUUUGUAUUCUUCUCUUGCUGCUUUUUCGCUUCGCGGAUAAAUUGUCAAGAGGCCAUCUUGCAUGUUUCCAAUGGAACAGAAUAUAGGGAGUACUGCAUCCUUCACAAUCACUCCUGGACUCCUCUUUCAGCAAAACUCGAUGCCGCAACACAGUAUCCACUGGUGGAUUUGACCUCCUUCCUGCUGUGUAAUGACUCAGGUGUCAGCCCAGAUGUGGUCAAGGACAGAGCAGUGGUUGUAAUUAGGGGGGACUGUGAUUUCAGCCAAAAAGCUAUUACUGCAAUGAAACUUGGAGCUAAAGCUUUGCUUAUUGCCAGCAAUACGUCACUGAUCACUCCUUCAGCCAAUGAUUCAAUGUACUCAAAAGUCAAAAUUCCCCUGGCUCUCAUGAAGUACAGGGACAUCCUGGAAGCGCGGAAGGUUUUUAAAGGCGGGAUGCUAGCAAGUCUGUACUCUCCACCUCGUUCAAGGAUCGACCCGAGCAUCGUAGUCAUCCUGUUGAUUGCCGUUGUAACAGUGACCUUAGGUGGCUACUGGAGCGGGGCGUGUGAGCGGGAGUACUUUAAUAACAGUGCAUCAAGAGGAGGAGGUGGGGGUGAAAGCAAGGCUGAUGGCGGAGAGAUCUCCCUGUACUCUCCUCUCAAAGUGGUGAUCUUUGUUGCCCUGAUGUGUGGGAUGCUGGUCCUCAUGUACUUCUUCUACAAUGUGCUCGUGUACAUCAUCAUUGCCAUCUUCUGCCUGGCGUCAGCCUCUGCGCUGUUCAGCUGUUUUGAUGCAGUGCUGGACAAACUCGGCUGUGGGACCUUCAGCUUCACUGUCAAAAAUAGUAGCUUCUCUGCGCGAUCAAUUCUCCUGGCUGCGGUUUGCAUUAGCAUUGCUGUGGUUUGGGGAGUGUACAGAAAUGAAGAAAGAUGGAUCUGGCUCCUGCAGGACAUUCUUGGAAUUGCUUUCUGCCUCAACUUUUUGAAGACCAUUUCACUGUCAAAUUUCAAGAUCUGUGUGAUUCUGCUGAGUCUGCUGCUGGUGUACGACGUCUUCUUUGUUUUUAUCACUCCUUUCUUCACUAAGGAUGGGGUUAGCAUAAUGGUGCAGGUAGCUCUGGGUCCGGAUGCAUCAGGGGGAAAGACGCACAGCGGCGGGUUGGAGAUCCCUGCUGAACCCCAGCCUCCUUCUGAAAAACUUCCAGUGGUGAUGCGUGUCCCAUGGUUCUCAGCUUGGGCUCAAAAUCUGUGUUGGAUGCAGUUCUCCAUUCUUGGCUAUGGAGACAUCAUUGUCCCAGGUCUCCUGGUGGCUUACUGCAGCAGGUUUGAUGUUUGGGUCGGCAGCAGCAAAAGGAUCUACUUCAUCAGUAGCUGCUUAGCCUACCUGCUGGGAUUGAUACUUACAUUUGCCGUGAUGCUUCUGUCGGGGAUGGGCCAGCCAGCUCUCCUCUACUUAGUGCCUUUUACCCUGAUAACCUCUGCUGUAGUGGCAGGAUGCAGGAGGGAGAUGAAGCAUUUCUGGACAGGAACUCCCUACCAGGUUUUGGAUUCAUCCAGGGAACCUUUGCUGCCAGAGAGAAGAGCUGGACGGUGUGUAGAAGGGGAAAACUGCUGACUUGCAGCUGGAAAUGGAGCCUGCCACCAAUACUUUUCCCCCUCUUUCAAUUGUACAUUUAGGAAACAAGGGAAGACCUUUUGUUGACAAAUAACUUUCUAUAUCGAAAUAUUCUGAGGUAAUUGAUGCAAAUAAUGAAAAUCUUCUGUUUUGCCUUCAAAUGAAUUAGUUUUGCAGUUGAAACUUGAGUUUUAUUCAUAACUGAAGCAUUUUUAGUGCCUGACAUGUCUAUAAAGGCAAUUUUCAUCAAACUACAGACAUUUGUUGAUGAUCAAAAUAAGAGUGCACUUUAUAAGAUUCUGCUUAAGACCUGUUAGAUUUGGGGGCGGUGUGGGAUUUAAAUUACUGGCACUAACACUAUGUCGCAUUUUGAUACACUUUUGUGUCUUUGUUACCGGUUUGUACAAUGUGACUUCUUUCAUUGCCUUAUAAUAAAAACAGAACUUUGUUUUAA